UGCCGGACCACGGUACGGGUAUGACGUGUCUAAGAUGCUCCUUUUCGCCGCUCUCAUAGCUGCCCUUUCAGUUGCCGUAUUGUCUUCUCAAUUUCAUGAUCUCAGACAGCAACUAACAGAAGAGGAAUGGCUGACUUUGAUAGGGCAAGAGGAAACAGGAGCCUUGUAUGACAUUGUCCACCCGGUGCUGCCGUCCCGUCACCGCCGCACUCCCACCACUCCACACCAGCUGCUCUUGGAUGCUCCUGUACUCCAGAAACAGUUCACCCUGGACCUCCAACCAGCAACUUCUCUCCUGGACCCAAGGUUUGCGCUGGUCAGCCGCUGGGGCAACCGGUCAGAGCAGCUACCCAUGGACCUGGUAGAGACGGACUGUUACUUCACCAGUGUUGGGGAGGAGAGGGCAGCAGUUAGCGUCUGCGGAGGGGUGAGAGGAGUAAUUAAACCACCAGGAGAUGAGUACUAUGUGAUAAACCCACUGCCAAAGAGGUUCACCAAAAGGUCGUCCGACCGAUCUUCUUCUUCUCCUCAUGUGAUAGUCCGUAAACACAUCAGUCAUUUCCACACGGACCUAAACAGAGUGAGAUCUUCUAGUCUGAACAGUGGAGACUCGUUUUGUGGAGUGAGAUCGGAGGCAGUGCCUAUCCAUAACACAGGACGUGUGAGGCGAGCAACCAACUCGCCUGUUCAUGUAGAGACUGCUGUCUUUGUAGACAGUGACAUGUUCAACCUCAUGUCCAACAACUUCCCCACUGACACAGAGCGAGAGGUCGUCCGGUUUGUGUUAGCUAUGGUUAAUGCUGUUCAACUGUUAUACCACGAUCCGUCAUUAGGACAGCCAGUUACGUUUGUGAUGAAGCGUUUAGAGAUCCUACACACAGACCCGAGUGGCUUGGUCCGCUACCACGACAUUGACAAGUUUCUUGGUAACUUCUGUGCAUGGCAAAGGGAGGAGAACCCCGUAGAUGAUGCAGAUCCUCUGCAUUGGGACCAUGCUCUCAUACUCACUGGGCUCGACUUGUUUGUACGCAGCAAGAACGGAAAGUUCAGCAGCCAGGUUGUAGGCCUAGCACCAGUAGCUGGUAUGUGUACCCCCACCAGCAGCUGUACAGUCAACGAGGGAAGACAUUUUGAGAGUGUCUACGUUGUGGCACAUGAAAUAGGACAUAAUCUAGGCAUGAGACAUGACGGCCCUCUAGCAGACAACAACUGUGACCCGACCAGCUACCUCAUGUCCCCCACCCUGGGCAGUGGCAAGAUAACAUGGUCUGAGUGUAGCAGACAUUACCUACUACAGUUUCUCAGGAGCCCACAGUCUCACUGCCUCAUGGAUCAUAAUGACCAAAGCCAACUUGAUCAUUCUAGCCACGGAGCUCUGCCUGGAGAGAGGUUCGAUGCUGAUCAGCAAUGUAUGUUGAAAUACGGAGCUGGAAGCAGACAUGCGUCUUCACAGCCUUUACAUGACCUAUGUCGAGAUCUCCACUGCCAUCGUGAUAGAUACACAUGGACCUCCCAUCCAGCUCUGGAAGGUACAACUUGUGGCACUAACAAGUGGUGCCGCAGUGGACGCUGUGUGCCCCGCAGUCUGUCCCAGCUGCAGGCGGGCCCGGUGUCAGGACAGUGGGGGCCCUGGGGGCCGUACUCUGAGUGUGCGUCCGGCUGUCUGCAGGGGGAGCCUAGUGGGCUGGGCCAAGGCAGCACAGGCAUCAUGUUUGCAUACAGGCAAUGCAACAGUUGA